AGAUGGGAUGCACAUGCUGUUUACUCCUUUAAAUGCAGGAAAAAUGCUCUGCAAUUCUCACAUUCAUUUGCACCUACAAGCAUAAAUAAGAAAGUGAAUCAAAAGCUCAAUGGUGGGUUUGUGAUUUCUAUUACGUGAGGGGCAAUGAAAGCCAGAGGAAUAUGGGGUAAUGAAAGCACAGGCUUUCCCCGAAUCUCCAGAAAACAUAUUCUGGGAUGUGAAGAAUCACAAGUUGACAUUAAAGGUUGGGACCCCAGCCAUGCUUCUCAGAAAUAUUGAUCAUUCCAUGGGGUUGUGUAACGGUACUCGGCUCAUUCUCACCAAGCUUUGCGAUCAUGUUUUGGAGGAGAAAAUUUUGACUGGUGUUAGUGUCGGACAGAAAGUGUUGAUUCCUCAAUUGUCCUUUACUCCCUCCGAUGCCAACUUGCCUUUCGGAUUUCAGAGGCGACAAUACCCCAUUAUGAUUUCAUAUGCUAUGACUAUAAAUAAAAGUCAGGACCAAUCAUUGUCCCGUGUGGGUUUGUUGUUGAGGAAACCUGUGUUCACGCAUUGACAACUCUAUGUUGCGAUUUCAAUAGUAACCAACAAGCGUGGUUUGAAAAUUCUUAUAUGGAAUGAUAGCGGUAGACGUCGAAUUCCACUCAAAAUGUGGGUUAUAAGGAAGUUUUCAAUAACGUGUAGCUUUGCAUUUCAAUCCAUUUUUAACAAAUGUCUAUAGUUCAUUGCAGUAUUAUUUUGGUGUACUUUAAUAUUAUAUUUCUUUGUUUAAUACUUGCUGAUCUUGAAUUGUGUACUCUGUAACUUAUCACCAACACUUUUGUUUUGUUGUGAAUAAAUCCUUUGUGUCGGUUGUUUUGAAAACAUUAUGAAAGAAAAAAAAUGGGAUAGAAAUUCUCCGACCGUGCAUCGCACGGGUGAUUUACUAGUUGCGUUAAAAUAUAAAAAUGAGACUUAACUACUGACGUUGUAAUAGUGUCAACUGUCAAUUGCCAAUAAAAAUCUAACAUACAAGUAUUUAG